GAAAAAUAUGGAUAUUCAGUAGACUCCUUUAAGGAUCUUAUCAGGGUUGAAUAGGAGUCACUUGGUAUAAUAACGAAGCAGUUCAUUGACUGGGUUUUGGUUUUCAGUUUAUUGAUGGACGUCUGGAGCUGCUGAACAGAGGGAUAGAACCAGACGACCUGUUUGAACAAGAGAUACUACAGUGUGGAACAGCAGCAGGUGUGUGUGUGUGUGUGUGUGUGUGUGUGUGUGUGUGUGUGUGUGUGUGUGUGUGUGUGUGUGUGUGUGUGUGUGUGUGUGUGUGUGUACCAUAAGUCCUCACCAGAAUAGUAAACCAACUUCAGAAAAGUGCCAGUCCUCACUUGUAAAAAGGCUAUUUUAGGCUUAGGGGUUAGGUUUAGGUUUAGGUUUAGGUUUAGGGUUAGGCUUAGGGUUAGGGUUAGGGUAAGGGUUAGGUUUAGAGUUAGGUUUAAGGGUUAACUUUAGGGUAAGGGCUAGGUUUAGGGUUAGGGUUAGGUUUAGGUUUAGGGUUAAGUUUAGGGUUAGGGGUUAAGGUUAGGGUAAGGGUUAGGUUUAGGGUUAGGGGUUAAGGUUAAGGUUAAGGUUAAGGUUAAGGUUAAGGUUAGGGUUAGGUUUAGGGUUAGGGAAAAUAGGAUUUUGACGUAUAGUAAGACAGCUGUGUGUGUGUGUGUGUGUCACAUCAAAUAUAUAUGUCAAUGUUAUUAUCUCUCUCUCUCUCUCUCUCAGGAAACACCAAAGUCUAUCAUCAACUGGUGGGCAACCUGAAGGUAAGAACAUACACUGUUCUGUGAUUUACACAACACACAUCUCUUACACUUACUUGCUAUUGGUUAAAUAAUGUCUCUGAGGUGUUCUGAUUGGUAUUUUGCUCUGUUGGUAGAAAGGGGGAGGAGCUCUCAUCAAGUCCAAGACUCACAUGUACAAGUCGGUAAGUGCGUAGUCUGUGUGUGUGUCUGUGUGUCUUUGUGUGUGUGUGUGUGUGUGUGUGUGUGUGUGUGUGUGUGUGUGUGUGUGUGUGUGUGUGUGUGUGUGUGUGUGUGUGUGUGUGUCUGUGUGUGUUUUUGUGUGUGUGUGUGUGCUCCCUUAGUGAAAUAUGGUUUCCUACUAAUUCUUCUCUGUCUUUACUUUCAGGCCAAACGUGGCUUGAGGAGCUACUUUCUAACAUCCAAGGUAUGUGUUGUUGUUGUUGUUGUUGUUUUGUAGUGUGUGUGUGUGUGUGUACGUGUCUUCAUCCACUCUCUCUAUAUGUGCAGGAGCCCGUUGAGAUUCUCUCCCUUAAGAGAGGCAACUCCGUGUCCGGAACACACACACACCGCCGCAACCAAUCAGAUUGCCUUCAGAGCCGUCUACCAAUCACACAACACUUUGGGAAGGUAAGACCUGCCUCUAAUAUCCAAUCACUGGAGGUAGAAGUUAAUCAUCACCACAUAUCUAGGAUCCAAUUCUUCAACCCACCAAUCCUAAACUUAACCUCUUCUGUUGUGAUGAUUUUGCUAUGUCGUGCUGUGUCGCGUUAUGUUAUGUCAUGCCUAUGUCUUGCUAUGUCGCGCUAUGUCAGUCUCGUCCCCGUCGUCCAGUUAACAAACAGGGCUGUUUCCUUGACGACGAGAACACACAACAGAACAGAGACACCUGGGAAGAAGACUGGCAGGACGGGUGAGAGAGAGAAAGAGAGAGAGAGAGAGAGAGAGAGAGAGAGAGAGAGAGAGAGAGAGAGGGUGACCGAGAGAGAGAGAGAGAGAGAGAGAGAGAGGGGGGGGGGGGGGGGGGGGGGGGGGGUGAGAAAGAGAGUGAUGUAAGAAAGAAUGAGAAAAAGAGAGUGAGUCAGAGACAGAGAGUGAUGGAACAAAAAUGUGUCUUCAUCCAUAUGUGUACAUCAGUGCUGUCUCAGACCCUGUCGCAGACCCAGAGCUCCAGGAGGAGGAGGGGGGAGACUCAGGUCUGUGUGACCCAGAAGAGAUGGACCUCCUGGGGGAGAUCUUUGACACGCUGAGUGCCCGGAGCUCCCAUGACCGCGGCCUGCUGUACGGGACACGAAGUCUGGACCUGUUUGGACCUGAUACUACUGACUACAUCAGACAGGUGAGGACAGGACAUGACAGGACAGGACAGGACAGGACAGGACAUGACAGGACACACACACACACACAUAGAAACAGCACAGAAACACACACAGACACUCGGAAACAUCACAGACACAGACCUCAUCUCCUCACCCUUGUGUGUCAACAGAGGGGUCUGGCCACUCCGAGUCAGGAGAGUCUAGGUGUGUCCAUCGGUGGGAGUGGCAGUCUGCACAGCUGGAACCAGGAGGAGGGGCUACAUUACAUGGGGGAGGGGCCAGAACAGACAGAGGAUCCUGAUUGGCUAGGCGAGGGACAGGAAUUGUCAGAGACAGCAUCAGAAACACCUCAAGGGAGAAGAGAGGAUGGGAGGAGAGAGGAGGGAAGGAGAGAGGAGGGGGUGGAAAAGGGCUUGGUGGAGGCAGAGGAGCUUACAGAGAGGAAAGAGGUGGGGAUGGAGAGAUGGAAUGUUCUGAGGCAAGGAGGGCAGGAUGAACGAGGGAUGGAGGAGAGGAAGAAGAGUGAAGACAUCACUAUGGAGCCAGAGAUUCAGUCUGAAUGUAUGGGUGAGAAUGGGAUGGGGAAAGAGGUGGAGGGAGAGAAAGAGAGCGAGGAAGAAGAGAGAAGAGUGGUGCAGAGUGGAGCAGAGAGAGAGAAGAUGCAGAAUGACAGAGGUAAAGACCGGCAACAAGGAGAGGAGAACCAGGGGCAGGAAAGAGGCCCCGAGACACCAGGAGAGUUACCCAGGAACAGAGGCCCGGGGCUGGGUACUGAGUCUAGGGCCUGGGCCGGAGCUGUGGAGGACCACCAGGGAGAAGGGGACAGACUCAGCCCCAAAACUACUGAUCAACAACCCCUGGGUCAGCUAGAAAAAGAAGAAAAGGGGGAGGAAAUAGAGGUGGGACGCAUUCCCCUCUAUCCCAGUGUUCCAACUGCUGUAGCACUGUUCCAGUCACCGGCCUCUGAGCAAACCUUCCAUGGGAAGGCCCAGACCAGGGGCUCGCCUAAGCCCAGUAAGCCCAACAACACACCUCGGAGCUGGGACACUAUACAGAAGAGCUGCCCUCAGGAACCCAACAACACCCACGUCUCACCGAAUGACAGCGCUGGACCUGUAAUAGCCACACCUGUCCCGACUACGCCUAUGAACGACCAAUCAGAACCAGGGGGGAACCCCACAGCGCAGGAAGACCCGCCCCCUGUCAAGGUGUCUGAGCUGAAGAAGAGAUUUGAGGCUUGA